AUGAUUAAGAAACUCUACAUGAACGUCCCUCUCAUUGAAUUUUUGUCCCAGGUGUCGAAUUAUGUAAAGUUCCUCAACGAAAUCCACUUCAAAAAGAGGAGAUUAGAGGAACAUGAGAUGAUAGCUAUGACAACCACCACCAGUGCAGUUAUCCAAAGUAUGCAACCAAAAUUAAAAGACCCUGGAAGUUUUUCCAUGCCGUGCAAAUUGGGAAAAAUGUGUAUUGAUAAAGCUCUUUGUGAUUUGGGGGCUAGCGUAAACUUAAUGCACAUAUCUAUAUGUAGGAAACUGGGUAAAGGAAAAAUAAAACCAACUAGUGUGACUCUACAAAUGACAGAUAGGCCAGUCAAUUUUCUGAUAGGGAUAUUAAAGGAUGUUCCUAUCAAAGUGGGGCAUCUCUAUAUCCCCAUUGAUUUUACCAUCAUGGAUAUUAAGGAGGAGCAUCAUGUACCUAUAGUUGUAGGUAUGCCAUUCUUGUGCAUUGCUGACACUAUCAUUGAUGUUAAAAGAGGCACGUUAAGUAUGGAAGUGGGAGAUGAGAGGAUAGAUUUAAUAAUGACCACUAUGAUGGAGGACCCCUACACAAAGGUCUCAUGCUAUUUGGUUGAGGUGGAAAAACCUAGUGUUGAACAAAAACCACCCGAGUUAGGAGAAAAUAAUAACUAG